AUGGUUCGCGGCGAGGCUCAGCAGACCAAGGUCCACUACAAGGGCGCCAACGACGACUUCCUCAUCUUCGUCGAGGACCCCGAGCUUUACAAGAAGUGGAAGGGCGAUAAGUCCGUUCCCUUGGCUCACUUCGUCUCCUCAUUCAAGAUCUUCGUCACGCACAAGCAGGGCGCACAGGGCACCUACGAUGCCGCCUCCAAGGCUUCAUUGGAGAACGAGUUCGGCACCCACGUCGAUGAGGAUGUCAUCAAGCAGAUCUUGGAGAAGGGUGACACACAGAACGUUGAGUUCCCCGACCGUCAAGGUCCCAAGAACGACUCCCAGGGCGGCAUGGUUGCCCACUAG